GCGCCAUUUUGAUACAUUCAGAAAAAAUAGAAGCGCUUUUCGGACGGUUAUUUCGGAAGCGUUUGGAAGCGUUUAGCGUAACUGUUAUAAAACUUGUUCCAUAAUUGUAUUAGAAAUGGGCAAAAAGGACAAAAAAGGCGAAACAAGUGAUCCGUCCAGCGAAGAAGAAUACGUAGUGGAAAAAGUGCUUGAUAAAAAAAUAGUCAAAGGAAAGAUCCAAUAUCUGCUAAAGUGGAAGGGCUACAGAGAAGACGAGAGCACAUGGGAGCCUGUUGAAAAUCUCGAUUGCGAAGAGUUGAUCAAAACAUUUGAAGAAAAUAGAAAGGAAAAAGAGAAAUCCAAAAAGACUGAAGAAAGAGGCAAGAAACGAGUUCGAGAGUCAAGUGUGGAGACGAGUGUGUCGGGACGCAAGGGCCGCGGCACCAGUGUCUCCUCUGUUGAGGAACCUAAAGAAAACAAGCGUGAAAAGGAUGAAAAAUCAGGCUUUGAUAAAGGUUUAAAAGCUGAAAAAAUCAUUGGUGCAUCAGAUGCUACAGGUGAAUUAAUGUUCCUAAUAAAAUGGAUGGACUCUGAUGAAGCCGAGCUGGUCCCCGCCAAAGUAGCCAAUGUUAAAUGUCCUCAACAAGUAAUUUCAUUCUAUGAAGAGCGGCUGACUUGGCACACGCCAACAGAAUCUGAAUAAUAUCGCAGUACAUGACUCAAAUGGACUUGAUACAAGAAACUUACUAAAUUUAGUGUUAAUUGGUUGUAAGGGCUUAUAUAGUUAUAUGUGUGGUGUACAAGUGUUGUGAAGUUUGUGUUCGAUGAACUUGCAGUAUUGCAACAAAUGUGAACAGUUCCCUACCAAUGUAUUUAUUACACAAGUGAUACUUUGAAGGUAACAAGUGUUAUUUUUUUAACAGUUCAUUAAAUUUCAGUUACUUAGGAUUCCAUUUUCAAAAUAAUGUUUUUUUUUUGUUUUGGAAUAUAAUCUUUUUAUGUAAUUUUCUAGUGUAAUGUAUAUGUAUUGACUAAUGUUGAAAUAUCAGUAUAUAGAUUUAUGAAGUAACUUUUAGUGUGAAGACUUCAACAAGAUAUUUCUAUACUGUCAUAGAAAAUGUAUAAAAUUUCUAGUAAAUUUAUUUUUUACAUGCGGAAGAAAUGUUUCUGAACUUACAACUGCAAAACAUUUAAUGAAAAGUCACUUUGUUCUAAUUGUGUUGGAAAUAUCUUAGAUAAACAAUUUUAGGUAAAUUGUUGAAUAAAACAGUGUUAAUGAAAACUUUGUGACGGAAAAAAGAAAUUCUGUCGUUUUAAUAAAAUUGGGAUCAAUUUCGUUUGACUGUAGUUUAUUUUUUGACCGACUUCCCAAAAGGAGGUACUCAAUUCGUCUGUAUGUUUUUUUUCUGUAUUUUUGUAGAAUAUUGUCAGUUAUAAGGCAAGAAACUUUUUGAAAUGACUAUUUUUGUUUUUCAAAUGAAUAUAAAUGUUGAGAAGUUACUUGCACUCAGUAAGCCUGCGUGACAUGCAUGUGAUGUUUAUAAUAAAACUACUUUAAUAUAAAUA